AUGGCCGGACGAGCAACCGUCUUCCUCACGCCCGAGGAGACGCAGCGCGUCACCCAAAAGUUUGAGCACAGCGCGGCCCAGCGCAAGACCAGGGCCGGCGAAGCCUGGAAGGCCGAAGACCGCAGGGGCCUCAUCCAGCAUGCGACCUCGACGUCGCUGAUGCAAGAGCUGUCCCUCGCGUCCCUGGGCUUUGGCGGCGCCGCGCCCGAGAAGAAGAGCGACGACACCAUGAUGACCUACGCCGUCGGCGCCGCGUACCCGCCGUGCACCGUUGACGCCAAGGACCUCGCCCCGAUGAAGGUCGCCGAGCUGCAGCUCGAGAGCCACCACCGCGGCAGAAAGCUGACCGUGCACCGCAUCUCUCCCGUGGCGGAGCUCAAGGUGUCGUCGUGGGCGGUGGUGGAGGGUGUCGACGAAGAGGCGGAUCAGGUCGUGGUGCUGGAGACGUUUCUGCACAAGCAGUGCAUGGGCAAAGACCACCUCGACUCUGGCUCCAAGUUCAUCAUCAAGGAGCCCUACUACACGCUCAAUGCUGACAACGAAGCUGUGGUUCGCAUCAACCACCCUUCCGACCUCGUCAUCGCCACCGUCAGCGAAGACCCUGAAUCCUGGCGGGACAACUACAAGGUAGAGGACCCCGCCGUCACGCCGGAGCAGUGCAAGGAAAAGGGCAACGCCGCGCUGAACAAGCAGCGAUACUCGCUCGCGCACGCGUACUAUACCCGGGGCAUGACUGCCGCCGACGCCGCCGUCGACCCAGCGAGCACCCUGCCGCAGGACCUGCGCCGCAACCGCGCACACGUCAACCUUCUCCUGCAGCGCUACGACGAGGCCAAGUCGGAUGCCCUGGCGUCGCUCACCCAGGGUGCCUCGGCGGAGCAGCAGUCGCUCGACGCCAAGGCCUACUACCGCGCCGGCAGCGCCGCGUACGCGCUCGGCGACUUUGCCGAGGCGAAACGUUGCUUUGCCGAGCAGGACCGCCUGCAGCCGGACAGCAAGACGACGCAAAUCAACAUCCGGCGCACGGCCAAGCGUCUCGAGGAGCAAGAAAAGUGCCACGUUGACAUGAAAAAGGUCGUCGCGAGCCUGCCCAAAGUGAACUGGAAGCCCGACGUCGCGGGCUUUGACGGCGACACCAUCAUCAAGAGCAGCCCUGGCGCCGGCCGCGGCCUGUUCGCCGCGCGUGACUUCCAGCCCGGCGAGCUCAUCAUGUGCGAAAAGGCCUUUUGCACCGUCUCGAGCCGGGACAAGGGCAGCGCGGCCGUCACGGCCCUUACAGUGGAUCUCGACGAUGAGUACAACAUCCGCGUCUUUCCUGCCGGCCUUCACCGCGCCGUCGUGCAGAAGCUCCUCGACAACCCCUCGCUGGCGCCCAGGAUCCUGGCCCUCGACAGCGGCAGCUGGGCGGGCGUCGGCGACGCGUGCCCGUCCACCGCCGAUGGCCCCGUCGUCGACACCUUCCAGGUGCAGAACAUCGUCCAGCGCAACGCCUUUGGCCUCGCGCCGCAGACCGACGACGAGGACGUCACUAACGCCACGACGGGCCUGUGGGCGCGCGCCUGCUACAUGAACCACUCGUGCCUCGCCAACUCGAUCAAGGACUUUGCCGGCGACCUCAUCGUGCUGCGCGCCGCGCGGGCCAUCCCCGCCGGCGAGGAGAUCACCCACGCCUACGACGACAACGGCGACUACGACGCCCGCCAGGCCCUGCUGCAGAAGACGUGGGGCUUCAUGUGCAGGUGCAAGCUGUGCACGGCAGAGGAGCAGGACGGGGAGGAGGUGCGUGUCAAGCGGCGAGCGCUGCUUAAAGAGGCGAAUGAGUUUGCGCAGAGCAACGGACCGAGUGGAGCGCGCAUCGUUGCGAUGACAAAGGCAAAGAGGCUGCGAAAGGCGCUGGACGAUACGUAUGACGAGAAGCGUUUCAAGGACCUGCCGAGACUGGCUACAAAGGUCAUUGAUCACUGGUUGAUGCUUGCGCAGCGAUAG